AUGGAUCAAACACACAUUGUGGUGCUCGGAGCAGGAGUGCUCGGCCUGACGGACGCAUUCGAGCUGCGUGAACGAGGCUACCGCGUCACGAUCCUCGCACGCGAUCUUCCGCACGAUACCUUCUCGCAAACUUUUGCGAGCCCAUGGGCGGGUGCCAACUGGUGCUCCUUCGCCACGCUCACCGACAUUCCCGCGCAGCGUCGGGACGAGAUCACCUUUCGCAAGUGGCUCACUCUCCACACGCACCUUCCGCCGGAGGUGAUGGCGAUGGUGGGUUUCACGGAUAUCAGUCCGCAGCGGCGCGAGGCGAAGGAUUUGUGGUUCAGCCGGCUCACGCCUGACUUUGCGGUGGUGGAAGGGGGUGACGGGACCGGGGCGCAUGCGAUUCGGUACAAGUCGUUUACGAUCAGUGUACCGCUGUACACGCGAUGGUUAGUAUCAGAGCUCACUUCCCCAACGCCGACUCUCUUGGAUGCAACACGGGCGGGACCACCGGUACAGAUCCGACGCUGUUCCACCCUGACCUCGCUCAGCGCGGUCCGCUCGCUCGUGCCCACCGCUACGCUCAUCGUCAACGCCACCGGUGUCGGCGCUGCCGACCUGAGCGAUGUCCGCGACCCCAACGUCUACCCCAUUCGCGGUCAAACCGUGCUCGUCAACGUCCCCGCCUUUAAGGCUCCCAGUCCCGCCGCUAGGUGCGUGAUGAAGCUCGGCAGCCCAGCCAACUACGUCAUCCCCCGAGCACGCUCCGGACAGGUCAUCCUCGGCGGCUCGUUCGACAUCCGACAAUCCAACACCACCCCGGACAAGGUGCUCGCGGAGACGAUCCUGAAGGAGUGCGCAAAGCUCGUUCCGGAAAUCGUGCCCGAGGGGAAGACGUGGCGGGAGAUCGACGUUGUCUCGCACAACGUCGGGUUGCGACCGGCGAGGGAAGGUGGAGCAAGGGUCGAGGUGGAGGAGAAGGGUGGAGUGACGGUGGUCCAUUCGUAUGGGAUCGGACCGGCGGGUUACCAGGCGAGCUUUGGGAUUGCUAAGGAGGUGGCGGAUCUGGUGGAUGGUGUGGUGGCGAGAAAGGGUGGUGUUCAGUCGCGGUUGUAG